AAAAAAAAAAACGCUGGAUAUGGAUAGCUUUGAAUUAGGUGUACCUUUAACUGAUUCUGGCUGUUCUAAGGUUAUCGCUUUUUGACACGGCUUAUCAGAAACGAAACAAGAUGUUUAUUAUUAUUGAAUAGAGAGAGUACCAGUAGAAAGUGUGAUAUCACUUUGACAAGACAGCAUUUAGUUCCCACAUCAAAAGCACCAGUGAUUUCAGACAUUUCGGACAUCAAGUCAAAAUCCACUAGAAAAAAAAAUUAAAAAAUAAAAUAAAAGAGUGACAGUGAAAUCUAAUAAAUAUUAAAUUAAAUAGAGAGAAUUUUUAAAUACCUGACAAAAGAGUAAAAAAUGGCAGAAAAGGUGCAAAGUUUGGAAUCCUUGCUGAAAUCGGCUGAAGAUAUAUUUAAGCAGGAAUUUGGGGCACCAGCGGACAUAGCAGUGUCGGCGCCAGGAAGGGUCAAUCUUAUUGGGGAACAUACAGAUUAUAAUGAUGGAUUUGUCAUGCCCAUGGCACUCCCUCUAGUGACGGUGGUUGUAGGAAGAAGAAUUUGUGGUGAGAUCGCAACUGUAGUGACUACAAAUAAGGAAGUGGACGAACCUAGAAAAAUAACUAUUGACAUGCCCAAUCCCAAUGCACUCGUCAAAACACUGGAACACACUGGUCCAAAAUGGGGAUUGUAUGUCAAAGGAGUUAUCUCAAACUAUGUCGGAGGCUGUCCAGCUGGAUUUCAAGCCGUAAUCCAUACCAACGUUCCUACAGGAGGGGGGUUGUCCAGUAGCGCAUCAUUGGAAGUUGGUAUCUACACGUUCCUAGAUGCAUUGACAGGUUCAACAAGCGUAUCAUCAAAUGAUAAAGCUUUGGCAUGUCAAAGGGCCGAGCACCAAUACGCUGGCAUGCCCUGCGGCAUCAUGGACCAAUUCAUCUCUGUGAUGGGUAAAGAAGGAAAUGCUCUCUUAAUUGACUGCAGGAGUAUGAACUCCGAACUAAUUCCAUUAGAUGACCCGAAAAUUGUAGUACUUGUUACAAAUUCCAACGUCAAACACGAGCUGACUGGUAGCGAGUAUCCUACAAGAAGGAAACAUUGUGAAGAGGCAGCAUUAUUGCUGAAAAAAGUCAGUUUAAGAGAUGCCAACGAGAGUGACAUCCAAUACUUAAAAUCUAUAGAAGCUGAUGAAGUACUAAUAAAACGAGCUAGACAUGUGGUGUCAGAAAUACAAAGAACUGUACAAGGUGCUACAGCACUGAAAGAACGAAACUAUAACAAGUUUGGACAGCUCAUGAUUGAGAGUCACAACUCGCUGAGGGAUGACUAUGAGGUUUCCUGUCCAGAAAUAGACUCUUUAGUUGAAUUAGCUCUUAAAGUUGACGGAGUUUUGGGUAGUAGGAUCACUGGAGGAGGUUUUGGAGGAUGUACAGUUACUCUAGUAAAUGCUGAUGCUGUUGACAAAGUGAUCGAAAAUAUAAAUAAAAACUACAAAGGAAAAGCUACAUUCUAUGUUUGCAAACCUAGUGCAGGGGCUCGCAUUUUAAAAGCAUACAAAUUCCCAGAAUAAAUGGAUUCUACAUGUGUAAACACAUAUAAAAAAGUACAAUAAGGAUGCCUUGAAAGAAACCCCAAAAUAAAACAAAUAUAUAUUAUAUUUAAAUAAAAAAAUUGCCUUACCUAAAAUUACACUAAA